AAAAAAAAAAAGUAAAUGUCUAUCCUCGGGUUGAAUAACAAUCAUUACGUAUCGUUUGUUUAAAAUUGCUGAAUUUAUUUACCCAUAUUUUUUCAAUGCAUAAAUACAUAAGAUAAUAAUGAUAAUGGUUACAUAUUCUUUAGUCCGAGACAGCGACGACAACACCUGUUCAGAGCAACAAAAACAACAAGCCCAUAUCCCCCCACUUUCCAUACGAGCCUAAAAAGCCAAAAAAUCAAUAAUCACGAGGGCGAAUGUCAAGCGUCACAUCGACAACUCUGGAAGGAGACCAACAGUGGAGGAGGUGGAGGAGAAAAAAAAAUACAGAACCCACUACAAUAAAGGAAGGAAAAAAAAAGCAUGUGCAGAUAGAUAAGAACGAUGUAGCCCGAUUAAACCAAAACUACGUAUCAACGUCGAUUAUGCGCAAGAAUGUGCGCAGCACGGUGAAGGAGGAGAGGGCAAGUGAAAUAACAGGGACAAAUAGAAAGACGGGAAGAUAAAAGGAGCAAAAGUGAAAAAGAGAAAACAGAGGGACCCGAGGAGGAGAUUGUGAGGGGAUAAACUGUAGCUCUUUGUCACAACACGAUGGCGCUGGUUAAGCAUUGAUAUAUAUUUACGCGUGCCACUCUCAUCCCUACCCAGAUGCCUACCAUCAAACACAAUCAAGAGACCCUUCCCUCCCUUUCCCCUUAUGCUUAGCCUUUUACAUUGGAUUAUACAUACUUUAUUGAUGUAUGACAUAUACACAGGUAAAGGGUAUAGCAAGGUAUAACGAGAUGGACGAGUGGCCAUGGCCGUCGGAGGGGUGGGCAAUAAGGGGGAGAGAGAGUCGAGAGUGAUCUUACAUACUCGGCUGCUUGAAAUUUUUAACUCGAGUGAGCAAAGUCUCUCCCCUUUCCUCAUCCCUCUUCACUUCCACUACUUCACUUGAUCCGUGGCCCCCUCAUCUCUUUAAUCCAUGGCCAAUGGUCGAUGGUGGUUGGCGGCUCGAGUUCUCUCCUUCCUUCUCCCAUCGUAUUUAUUCGUAGGGGAUUUUUUGACAAGUACUGUGCGCGCGUAUUUUCCAGCAGCCGUCAUCGGUAUUACGGACACAGCCGGAUUUGUACGAACUCUCUCCCUCCCCCUCCGUCCGCCCCCCUCAUCAACACACACUAUUUUAAAUGAACUCAACGUGUAUACAUGAAACUACAGCAGUAUAUCCCCCUAUUACGUCGUCAUUAUAAAAAAAAAUAUAUCGCCUUUGUAUUAGUGAACACCAGUGACUCUACUAUGCCUCGGCUAGUGCUACUGUCCCGCGCCUGCUUUUACUACAUCAUCCUUUCUCUCUCUAUUUCCCUCUAUUUCACUCUAUCACUCCCUUCCUCCAUCGGCUCCAUCUCGUUUACUGUUUUUUUACCUCCUUUUAUUUUCAUGUCGGGUGGUGGAAUAAACUUGUGUGUGCGUUUCGUUUCAUCAGUGCGUUGUUAGUUGUGUUGUGUGUGCGCGCCUAUCCUUAACAUUCUCGACCUCAAGUAAAUAUCGAAAGGCGUAUAUUACCGAGUGAAAAAAAAGGCAUUCAUACAUAUGCAGUUUCAUGUGGAAUUGAGUGAAGAUAUAGUGAAAUGAUGAUGAGGAACAGCCAAUGUUGGUUAAUAUUUUGGAUUACCGUGUAAUAGAGCGGUUUGUGGAUGCCCGCUGGUGAGUCUCUGGGCUAUUUUUUUUUGGCGUUUGUAACAAAAUGGGAAGGUCCAAGUUUCCCGGCAAGCCGCCUAAGACGGUAACAAGAAAGCGAAUCAAAGUUCUUGGUAGGCCUGAUACUGCUCAUACUACUGAUUCAGUCACCUUUGCCGAAAACAUUUACUAUGGACUUUCCCUGGUGAAUGAAACACUUGGUGACAAUGAGAAGGAACCUCCAUUCCACGGCUUCAGUAGCAAAGAGGCAAAACUAUCAGUCUCAUAUAUAAAAACUAAACACCGAGAUGAUGACCAAAAUGUGGAGAGAAAUUCCGACAAGAUUCAAGUGGACUCCCAAAGUCAUCCACAACAGUCUGAAAAUAACACAGUGGAGACUGAUGAGAAUUCAUCGAAUAAAGAUGUCCCGCAGGGUAGUAUAGAAUCAGCUGGUAAGAAUGACGAUGAAGAGGUAAAAAAUAAACCGAACAAGCCAAAAGUAUGUAAACGUGUUAGAUUCAAAACUGUCGCUGGUACGCCAGUACUAAAAUCAGUCAACAAUAUCUUGGAUCGUCAUCAAAGAACACGUCAGUUACGAAAUAGUACAGCGAAGCGGUUAUUACAAAGAGCAAAAUUCAAUAUCGGUACGAAUAAUCGUGGUAACUGUGUGACACCGAGCGAUAAAACCAGCAAUGUGAGAAAAUUCAUUCUACCGAUGCGAAGUGCACACUCGUCGAGGGUAAUAAAGCCAAAUAAGAGAUUCAUCGAGGAAUUGGAAGAGCGUACCAAUCCUGACAACGAUAAUGACAGCAAAAAUCCGAAAAAAGUUAAAGUUAUGGCUGAAAAAAUGAAUAACACUGAGAAUAUUGAUAAAACACGUAAAGAGAUUAAACAAACGAAACAUAAAUGGCGAAAGAACAUCACCAAUGUGCACAUUAGUAAUUCAAAAAGCGUUGAAGACACGCAAACGCAAAAGGAGAGAAAAACUCAUAACUCCAGUAAAAUCAAAAUUACCUUGAAUCAAACGACUCAAGAUGAUAAGCAAUUAUUGGUUCCUGGAAAAGCUCUUCCUGAUUCAGAUGUUCCAUUUGUUGAGUCUUCCAGGAUUCAAACGAGAUCAGGUGCCCAGAGUGAAACAUUGGGGCUGCAAAAUUAUUCCGAAACGUCACAAACAUCGAACAUAAGCCCCGAUGAUUCCAGCAUAAAUCCGGGAAUAAUGACGGCGGAGGAAUCUGAAGAGGUGGAAGAACGAAAUGAUGAUGAGUUUGAUUCUGAUAGUGAAUUAUCAGAGCGUGGAAGUGAUCAGAGUAAUCACAGUGAGGAUGAGCAGUCUGAAUGGACUGGAAUGAAGUUGGAUGGUGGCAAAGUGAUCCUACGUAAAGCAAGACUGAAAUUGGAUAAUAAAAAUUCUGGUGGAACCGAGGGUCCAUUCUCUGUGACAAAUCCCCAAAAUGUUCCGGCUAAUCAGACAAAUCCAGGAAUAACUGGUACUGUGAAAUGUGGAGUCUGUGGUGCAGUUAGGUUCUAUCGUUUCGUUAAGCAGGCUCGAAAAUUUGGCAUUCACAGCUGUGAAUCCUGCAGAAAAUUUAUAAGCAAAAUAAUCAAGAGACAAGCUUGUGCAAAUGCUAGUAACAAGCCUUUGCCUAUUCUCCAGUGUCAUAAGGGUGACGGUUUGUGUUUGGUACCACCAGUGGUACGUAGCCAGCAGUGGAACUUGAUGAGAUGUGUUUACAAAGCUAGAUGUCCAGCUUGUUGGUUGAAAAUGUGUCUCAAAUGCUAUCACAUUCCAACAACGUUGAAAGCUGGACUCAAUGCACUCCUUCCACCUUUGAUGAGAGACCCAGUGAUAUCUCUGGGUACACUCGGUCAGGAUGAUAAUGACGUCUUGGGACAAAAGACAAUUGGAUCAAUGAGUUGGCCAUCAGAGGACAGCCUCGAGAAGAAUCUCUUCAAGUCUGCCAUGAGUUGGAACGGAAUUGAUAUUUCAAAAGAGGGUAUUGGGGAUGGAAAUUCAACGAAGAAAGAAGAAAAAUUCCAUUCUCUCACAAUAGUCUCAACCGAGAAAAAGAGAAAAAAAGAUAAUCGAAUAAAAGUGAGGAAGAAAGUAAAGAAUCCGGUUGUUCCACUUCCAAGUGCUGGUGUUGCCACUCAGGGUUCUCAAGUCCCAGUUGUCAGGCAGAGAAUUGAUCUUAAGGGUCCCAGAGUGAAACACGUGUGCAGAAGUGCUAGUGUUGCUCUAGGUCAACCUAUAGCAACAUUUCCGGCUAACGAUGGCAAAGACGAGACCGAUGCCAACAAGAUCGUUCCAAAAACUUACAGAGAUGAGGAUAAAUCAGACAAACGAGAGGAAAUCACUAAACAGUCACAGAAGGCUAAUCAAGAAAAUAAUGCCAAUUCUAAUCAUAAUGUGCAGCACUCGAACACAAAAAGGAAUAAAAAUCAACAAAGUAUUUUGGCACCGAACCAUCAAGUAGUGCGGGCAUUACCAAAACCAGCAGUCAAUACUGCUCAUACAAUAUCGAUAGAUUUUUGGGAGCAGUAUGAUCCAGCUGAAGUUGGUGCCAAAGGCUUUGCACUCAUUGGAUCCGAGGACUUUCACAUUCCUGCUAUUUGUUUUCUCUGUGGAAGUGCUGGAAAAGAGCCAUUGAUACAUUGCCAGUGCUGUUGUGAGCCAUACCAUGCUUUUUGUCUCGAGCCCAGUGAGUGGAAUGCCUGUGCCCAACCGAACUGGUGUUGUCCACGAUGUACAAUCUGUCAAACUUGUCACUUGCGCGUGGGUCCCAAACUAUCGUGCAUUAGAUGUCGCCAGUCAUUUCAUCAUGCUUGUCUAUCAAAAUCAGGGGUCAAUGCAAGGUUGUAUAGUCCAGAUACACCUUAUGUCUGUCAGAGUUGUGUAAAAUGCAAGAGCUGCGGUAGCGAAGGUGUGAAUCUCUACGUCGGCAAUCUUCCAUUAUGUUCCAUGUGCUUCAAGCUAAGACAACGCGGAAACUACUGUCCCCUGUGCCAACGUUGCUACAACAAGAAUGACUUUGACUCGAAGAUGAUGGAGUGCAAUGAGUGCUCGUGCUGGGUGCACGCUAGAUGUGAGGGGCUAUCCGAUGAAUUUUACCAAGUACUCAGUUAUCUACCUGAUUCCAUAGAAUUCACCUGCAGUCAGUGCUCUCCAAAUCCCAAUUCUGUUUGGAGAAAUGCCAUUGAGAGUGAACUCAAAGCAGGAUUUAUUUCUGUGAUUAAGGCACUGAGUAAAAACCGUAAAAUGUGCGCAGCAUUGAAAUGGAGUCCUCGAAAAGAAUGUCUGUGCAAAGUCGCAGCUAGUGCUAGGAGACUCGAUUUUUCCGAUGACAAAUAUACCGGUGAAUAUGCUGAUGAUCCUGAGGAGUCUGACAAACCAUCAGACACAAUUGUAGAUUCCAAAAUUGAUCCGUUGAGUAGGUUUGAUUUUGAAAUCGAGGAUCAACCCAUCGAUCUUCCUCGAAGAGGCCUUCGAAGGCUCAAGCAAAGGUUUCAUCUGAAAGAGUGUUCAGUUAGAGUGAAGAACUGCAUUGUACUCAAGGACAAUCAAGAGGACACUUCCAGUCAGGAGUCAUCAAGUACAGGUGAGAAUCAAGAAUGUCACUGCUCAGAACAACAGAUCUUAGCGAGACCAUCGCCAACUUUGAUAUCAGUCAAGAGGAAAGUUAAUGGGAAUGAGUACAGAUCUUUGCUGCAAUUUCACUGUGACAUGGAGCACGUGGUAAACCGAGCUAGCGCAGAUAAUCUCAUUGAGUCUUAUCAUAAAUCCCUCCAAGAAGUUUUUCCCUGGUUCGAUCCAAAACGAUCGAAGAUCAGUUCCUCUGGAAGUGGACUGUCGACACCAUCGAAAGAUCCAUCCAUGUGUCUGGACUCUCCAAUAUGCCCUAAACUUGAUGACUCUAUUUUGGAGACUUGGAAGGAGGAAGUGCUAAAAGCUCCAAAGGCUAUAGCAGCAAAGACUGGCAAUCUUUACAGCAAUAUUGUAGUUGAGGACACUAGAUGUUGUGCACUGUGUAAAAGUUUGGGUGAUGGACAGGGAACAAGGGAGGGAAGACUUUUGUAUUGCGGACAGAAUGAGUGGGUUCACUCCAAUUGUGCUCUCUGGUCCAACGAGGUUUUCGAGGAGAUCGAUGGCUCUCUACAGAACGUUCACAAUGCCAUAUCCAGAGGAAGACAGAUAAGGUGCUCAGAGUGUGGAAAAAAAGGUGCAAGUAUCGGAUGUUGCGCCAAAAAUUGCUCCACAACUUAUCACUUUCCAUGUGCCAGGAAUGCUGGUCUUGGAUUCAACGAUGACAAAACCAUAUUCUGUACAUCACAUUUGAGUAAUUGUAUUACCAAAACUCCCCAUAAUAACGAUGAUUUUGAGUUGAAAAGACUGGUCUAUGUAGAGAUAGACAGGAAAAAGAAAAAGUUUGUUGAUCCCAAUCACGUGAGAGUUAUGAUUGGAUCACUGAUGAUCGAUUGUUUGGGAAUAAUUGUUCCUGAAUUUUCAGACAGCCCAGAAAAAAUUCUUCCAACCAAUUACAAAUGCUCCAGGUUAUAUUGGUCGACAGUUAAUCCAAUGAAAAUCGUCAAGUACUAUAUCAGAACUUAUGUUCAACAUUGCACCACUGAAGUAACACAUGAUGCUGAACAUAAUGUAACGAUUGAUCAUUCCAAGGAAUUGGAGAGAGAGGAGAGACAGAAAUUGGAACAAUUAGUGGUGAAACAAACACUAGAUGCUGUUAUUGAUUCGGUUUACAAUAAAGAGGUUGAUGAGAAUCUUGCAGAGCAAAACAACACUGAUCUUCUUCCUCCUGAGAUAACAGAUGUUAUUUUUCAAGAUUUACCGCAUGAUUUAUUGGAUGGAAUAUCCAUGCAGGAUAUUUUUCCAAAAAUGAGUUAUGAGGAUUUUUUGGCCAUGGACAUGAGAAAUGAUGGGGUAUUUGGCAAUGAUUUACUCAAAGAUGAUAUACUUUCCUCUGAUGUCGAUGAAAUAAUAAAACCAUCUGAGAAUAAAGUGGCCAAAGUCGACCCAACAAUAUCAGAAUUGUCUCAGAACGAUCUCUGGUUGCAUCUGGGGACCAAAGGAUGUGUCCAAGAGUUUAUGGAUGAUGUAUUGAAUUCAAAAGGGCCGAAAAUGGGUGGAAGAGAACUGAAGAGAUCCAAGUCUGAGGUAAUUGGCAAUAAUCCGUUGUUGGUUGGAGGACAAAGGCAUCAUCAGAGAUCCUGUAGUUUGACUUGGAGCUGUAAACUAGAUGGGACUUAUGGGCCAACAAUGAAAAGAAGAAAGAUUCCCAGACCUGCGCCAGCAUCCAGAGCAGUUGGUGAAACGAAUUUAACGGUAAUGGAGCCGCCGAAUGACAGAACAUCAGUAUUUCACGAGUUGAGAAUUCCAGAGAGCAUCAUGCUGACCGUUGGAAGAGCAAAUACUCCGAGUAUAAUAGGAGAGAACAACAAGGAUCACAAAAGACUUCUCUGGCAUACGAGGCAACAACCAAGAAUUGUUCAAGUUGAUGGUCCAGCUGAUGCUGGCAGCGCCAGUGAAUGCAGCUCUCCAGAAUAUAAUAUUGAAGAUAGAAUUCCACAGAUAGAUGGUACCAAUGAUGAAACAUCAUCGGAUAACACUUCGUGGUUCUCUUUCAGGGACAAAAUGACUUCUACUUGUCCAGCUUUUUCUCAGAAUUAUUCCAACCAGAAUAAACUUGGAGAUCUCUUCCACGAUGAAAGCAGUAAUGAGAGCUUUAAAAUUCCUCAAUUGGACGGUGCAGACGAUGUCUCCAGUGAUGAUGAGCCUUCCCAGAACCAUCAGCAGCCACUAGAACCUUGUACUCCAAUUGCACACAUUGGAGAUGGUCCAGUAACGUGCAAAAGAUGUCAGUGCACUUACAGAACUCAGGACAGUUACAAUCGUCACCUAAUGACCUGUGAUAUUGUCACAAUGAGUGAUAGUGACUCAGAGACAAUUGAUCAUAACAAAGGUUCAUCACCAAAUUCACGAUUCUCCGACAGUGUUGAAUCGAUGUCCCCUCAGUUCAUUACAAUGUCACCUUCAGAGGGUCAUACAAUGACCUCAGAAUACCCUGACAUGCAAGUGACUUCGCCACUGGAGGCAUCAGUACCUUCACCCCACCCAGCCAUUCAAAUUGAACCAAUAGCACAGGCCUUGAUCACACCUCAAAUGCAUACGCAUUCAACUGUUGAAACUCUUCACCAAACAGUAUUAACGUCCAACGAAGUAAUUGUUCAGACCCAGUAUACUAGGACAACUACAACCCUGCCGAAUUCCGCAGUAUUACCACAAGAUAACAUGGUACAGAUAACAGAGGUGACAGACCUUACUACACCAGAUGAAAGAACUUUACCACAUCUACCACCUGGAAUAGCUGAUACUAUUGCCAAUUCUCAAUCCUUGUCGCCAAGGGAUUCAUCGAUGUCAACGUGUGGAAUUGCUGAUGGUGCUCAAAUUAAUCUCCAAUCACCGAAAACAACAAAGCCCAAAUCGCCGAGAACUCCUAAGCCCAGAACCAAACUGAUAAAGCCCCAGAUAAUGAGGAAUUCAAUUCCUCAACAAGUUGCACCAGUUCGCUACCAAACUGUUCCGAGUGCAACUCCAGUUCUCCAACUACAACAAACUCAAAGGCCAACCCCUCCAACUGUGAUACUUCAACAAGUACCAGGUUCUGGGUUAAUGUCAUACGUUGAAACUCUACAGCAACAAUCGGGCCAGAAUGUUCAGUACAUAACAGCCAUUGGAGGUCAAGAAGCAAGUUACAAGCCACAAUUUAUAACAACCAAUCAACUGGUUCCUGGCACCUACAUUCAAGCGGGUUCAGACAAUUUAUUAGCACUUCAAAACGGUGGAAUAUCAGUUCUCCCUGGUGUGCAACUAGCUCAACCUCAGCCAACAGUUCUAGGAACUAUAAUACAACAACAACCGAGUACCAUUCAGUGUGGAGUCAUUUCCUCGGAACAACUUGUCCUAAGUUCAACACCAACACUAGAAAUGUUCACAGACUCUACAGGUAGCAUGUUCGUCUCGAGUCAGCCCAUGUACUAUGGUCUGGAGACGAUAGUCAGCAAUACUGUUAUGUCAUCAAGUCAAUUUAUGGCAGCAGGAGCUGUUCCUCAGGUGCUAGCAAGCAGUUACCAGACAACCACCCAGGUAUUUCAAGCAUCAAAAUUAAUGGAGCCACUAGUAGACGUCCAGGCUGUUCCUAAUGUAUCGAACGUGACAGGAGUUCAGACUGUUCAAAGCAUUCCGGCAGUCUCCAAUAUUCGAGGUGGUUACGUUGUCGUAAAUCCUAACACUCCAGAGACCAUCCCACCUCCUCAGAUCAGUGUACCUUCAAGCCUGUCAUCGACUCAUCCUCAAUCACACGAGCAAGUGACACCCUUUAUCCGACCAGCGGACACUCCUCAUUGUCCAUUGACUGCACCAGUCAUCGAGCCGGUUCGACCUGUACCAGCCCCAGCCCCUGCUCCAGUUCCAGCCCCAACCCCAGCCCCAGCCCCAGCCCCAGAGAUACGUCCUGUACAACAGCCUCCAUUCAUCGCUCAAACAUCAACAGUACCAUCACAACCACGUCCAACAGUGAAUACAAUGCAACAGGCUCUAUCAACAAUACCUCGAGUCGCCGUUCGACCCAGUCCUAUCUCUCACACUGUGACGCAAUCGAAUCAUGGCCAAUGGAAGAUUCCAGAGCCCCUCUACGCCGCCGAGCAAACUAUUACCAACACUUCACGACCCUACCUCGACUCUAAGCACGUGUCUGAAAAUACAAGCAUGAUAAAAUCCAGUAUAUCAUCGAAAAUAUCGCCUCUCUCUAACCACUCUAUCACGCAGAGGGAUAUUCACAUGAAUCGAUUGAAUCUUGAUGUUAAUAGUAUUCACAGUGAUAUCUACAACACUGACACUACAAUUACGAAUAAUGAUAGUACAAUCAAUUCAGUCAUCUCAAGUCAUGCACUUAGAAGCAAUCCUGUUACACCUCCUACACGGCCAAUGAAUAGGGUUUUGCCUAUGCAAGCAACAAUACCUAAACAGGAGAUUAUUAAACCAGUGGAGAAACCUGAAGUGAUUGUUGCGGAGCCAACGAAACCCGUGCCUAAAUCAGCCGAGGAAACGGUGACAUUGGAGAUUGUUAAACUGGGUGAUUGUGAUGCUGUCGAGAAACUCUUUCCUCUUGAAAAACCAUCACUCAUCAGUGACGAUCUCUUUGAGAAGCCACCCAUUCAGGAGGAUGUACAACAAAAUGAAAUUAGUGAAAGGAAUUUGGUGGUGAUUGAAGAAAAGGUGGUUGAAGAGACGCCGGAAAAAUUGGUGACGCAAUUACCCCAGAAAAUACCGGAGCUAGUGAAGAUUGAUAAAGAAGAAGAGCAGAUUGAAGUGAAAUCAGGGAAAAUUGAGGAGUCCAAGGAAAAUUUUAAAGUGGAGAUUGACGAGGAUAAAUUGAAAAAUGCAUCUUUGAAGAUUGUUCUUCAGAAACAACUGCAGGACGGUUCAUAUAAAAUUAGUCACAACAUGAAGUCGACGUCACAGAGCAGGGCUACACCAAAGAUCACAUCAGUCGAGAUACUUCCGUCCAAACAACCGCCACAGAUAGCAUCCCUCCAAUUAUUACCCAUUAAAACAUUUACAUUGAAAACUAAUAAGAUUGAAGAGAAGCCCAAAUUGGUGAGCAAAAAUUCAAAUUUGCCAGAGCCUAAGCUACCUCCAGUGGCGGUGAAAAAACCGAGAUUCAUUGCGAAGAAUACAAAAUCAAGUCCAAUUGAUUCACCAACAGUUAAUAAUAAUACUCAGAAGAAGAAUGGUCCGACUUUGAUGUAUGAGAUUAAAUCUCAGGAUGGCUUCACUCACACAGCAUCUUCGAUGACUGAAGUUUGGGACACUGUUUUUCAGGCUGUUCAACUGGCCCGAAAGGCUCAUAAUCUUCCACCAAUUACCCACAAUCCUCUCACGGAACAUCUCGGUCUCGAUAACAAUGCCACUGUUUACCUCGUUGAACAAUUGCCUGGGGUCAACCGAUGCACCAAGUACAAACCAAGAUUUCAUAAUUUAUCACCACCUGCAGUACUGAAUGAAGAUUUACUCGUUGAGUCUAACAGUGGUGCUGCACGAGCUGAGCCUUUCAAGGGGCGAAAAGUUCACGACAUAUUCAGCUGGCUGGCAUCCACUCAUAGACAGCAGCCAAAAAUGAUAGCCAUUUCUGAGAAUGAAAUGAGAAAAGCUGCUAGCACAAAUCUACCAAUGGCUAUGAGAUUCCGAAUAUUGAAGGAAACGUCCAAAGAAUCUGUGGGCGUUUAUCAUUCUCAUAUUCACGGAAGGGGAUUGUUCAGCUUGAGAGAUAUUGAGGCUGGGGAAAUGGUUAUUGAAUAUGCUGGAGAGGUAAUUAGAGCAUCUCUGACUGACAAACGAGAGAAAUAUUAUGACAGUAAACACAUCGGCUGUUACAUGUUCAAAAUAGACGACCAUGUAGUGGUUGAUGCAACUAUGAAAGGCAAUGCCGCUAGAUUUAUAAAUCACUCCUGCGAGCCAAAUUGCUACUCGCGGGUGGUUGAUAUACUGGGUAAGAAACACAUAUUGAUAUUUGCACUGCGACGCAUUGCGCAAGGAGAAGAAUUAACUUACGACUACAAAUUUCCGUUUGAAGAUAUUAAAAUACCGUGCACUUGCGGAUCCCGCAGGUGUCGCAAAUAUCUGAAUUGAGGCUUUAUAAAUGGAACUUGCCGAGAUUUAAAAUAUUGUAUUAUACAUCUCUUAUGAUUUUUUUAUCAGUUUUACUGAUUUUUAUUGGAUUGAACAAACUCUUCGAGUAAGAGGCAUAGUCUUUUUAUUUUUCUUCAACAACUUUUUGUGUAUAUCUUUUAAAAUCCGCUAAUUGAAUCCAUAUUCCCGAGUGAAGAAUCUUUAAAAUAUUGAUAAGUUCUUGUAUAAUAUAGUGUAAGGUGCAGAAAAACUUUAUUAAAAGUUAAGCGUAGAAUUAAUAGACGCUAUAAGAAUGAAAUGUAUUGAAUAAUGAGGGAGCGAUAGAAGGUGGGAGGAGGGAUUAAUGGACUGUCCGCAGGAAUAGCAUUGAUUAAGAUAUUUACACGUGAGAUCGAUACUUCAGCUGAAAAAGGGAGAAAGCAAUAUUCGCCUUUCUUUUAUAAUAUAUUUAUAUGAUAUGAUAUGUAUACAUGGAUACAUAUACAUAUACAUCGUUAAGUCUAAUGGUCAUUUUUUGAUUGAUGAAAAAUUAUACGGUGCAUAGUGAAAGUGGGCAUUUCAAUCAAUUAUUUUCUUAUUCUUCAAUUGGAGUAGUAAAUUGUUGGAACGUUAUGCAUUAUUGUGCUUCCACUCCAUUUGAAUCAUGUCUUUUUUGAGAUACUUUUAUCCUACAUUUUUUAUCAUUAUGAUCUUUCAAAUGCAAAUUCAUCUUUCUGUUAAUCGUGCAUAUCAGUUUAAAAUAGUAGUAAUGACAGUUUGACGUCGCGAGCCAUUGGCUUGUUGCCUUUUGACAAGCGACGCAGGCCUUAUAAUAUUGGAGAUACUGUUCCGUUAUUUCCAUGAUUUUAUUUCCCAGUAAACGACUCCGUUGCAGCAUUACAGCUCGUUUUAUCUAUAUGCAAAUUUUUCAAAUUAUUCCAACAAUUGAUAAAUUAAUUCUUCGUAAUACUGAGAAGAUAACAAUAAAUCUAACACGCUUGAAACUUACUCUAGGUUUUAUGCGAUUUUGCCUUGAAUUCGUAGUUCAUCUGAAAGCUGAACCUCGAUAGGAAUAAUAAUACAGCUUAUUUUAACUAUUUUCUGAAAUAAUGAAUAUGAUGCUAAAGUUCAUUGGAAUGAGAGAAUAUAAAGCUGUACUCAAUUAUAUCGCUGUAUUUUCCAUAGAAAGAAAAAUCGAAAAAAAAAAAAGUGACAACUGAGUAUCGUGACAGAAGGGGGUGGAUAAGUAUAUUGAUAAAGGACGAUCAAUAUCUGCCGAGGUAGACGUCCCUUAAAUUUCUGGUGCUCCAUUAGACACCGUCAAGUGCACUUUUCAUGAUUUAAUAAGAAAAAAAUGGCCUAGAAUGAAAGAAGUGUGAAGUAUUUCCUUAUGAGAAAGAGUGGAAUAAAAAUGAGGCAAGAAGUAUUAACAAUUAAUUGGAACAGAAAAAAAAA